AUGGGUGAAGGAAUAAAUGGAACACUCGAUUUAUUGGCCCAUGAUGGACCUGAUAAUUAUACAGAUUUAUAUGAAAUUGAAUUUAGCAAUUCUGAUGGAUAUACAUAUGAUCCUGAGCCUGAACCACCUGCUAGUCUGUCCUGUGAUGUACUGUGUGCUUUUGUCCUGGCAUCAAAUAUCAUCAUCUUCAUUCUGGGCAUCGUGGGAAAUGGCCUUGUCAUUUGGAUCAUUGGUAAGACAAAGCGCACGGUCAACUCCUCAUGGUACCUGAGCUUGGCAGUGUCUGACUUCUUGUUCUGCACGACUGUCCCUUUCAACGGUGUCUAUAUGGCAACUGGACACUGGCAUUUUGGACUUUUCAUGUGUAAGUUCAUAUCUGUGGCCUUCCCCCUUAACAUGUACAGCAGCAUUUUCCUCCUGCUUGUCAUCAGUGUGGACCGGUGCAUGUGUGUCGUAUUUCCUGUGUGGACUCAGAACCACCGUACUCUGAGAAGGUCUUCUGCCAUCAUCGUCCUGGUCUGGAUUGUCUCUGCACUGCUAACUCUACCCUCCCUAGUUUUUCCUACUACACAGACUAUAAAAGAUCAGACCAAAUGCAUCCAUGAUCAUAAUUCCACAGCAUUUUCCCGUGAAAGUGUGGUGUUGAUUGGUUUUGUAUUUGGACUUGCCAUCCCUCUGAUGGUCAUUGUGAUCUGCUACUCUGUCAUUAUGCUGAAGCUGAGAGCCAGUCGUAUGAUGAGAUCCUCCAAGCCCUUUAAGGUGAUGACCGCUGUCAUAAUAACAUUUGUGAUGUGCUGGCUUCCUUUCCAAAUCUUUCGGCUGAUGGAAGUCUACUAUGCGUCAUAUUCUGGUGCACUGUUGAAGACAGGGAUUCAAGUAACAAUCACUAUAGCCUAUGCCAACAGUUUCAUGAACCCAAUUUUGUAUUCAUUCAUGGGUCAGGACUUCAGGAAUAAAUGCCUGAUGUCUAUCCUUUCGAGGAUGGAAAGUGCCUUGCAGGAGGAAGACCGUUCCACAAAAGCUAUGUCCAUGUCAAAAUCAAGCUCUUAGUAUAAAGGUGAAUAACAAUGUUGUGGAUCUAGGAAUCAAUUUGUUGUGCCAUUUCCAAAAUAGAAGAAAAUCUGUGUCUA